AUGGUAACAAAGCCCCAUAAGCCCAGUGAAAGGGGGAUUGAUUUAAGCACUGACAACCCAGUUGCAUUUCAAACAAGCACACGAUUUGAUGAUAACUCCGCUGUUCUGCUUGCCUGUGAUUCACUCUUAAGCUCUCCCAGCAUUCAAGAAAACUGUAUCUUAGCCGCCACAAAUGGAAAACUAAAACCCAUUUUGUUAACGUCCUCAAGUGAAAAUUCAGUUACAGAAGGCUCAUCAACUUCAACAAAUGCAGACAAUUUAUUUAAACAUAUUGUUAGCACAAGUCAAAUCUACGAUCACAUAGCCGAUGAAGAAUUGGUCGAACUCAGCGAACAAAUUAUUUUCGCAGGUUGUAUUUUGUCGAGUGGUUCAACAGCAUCACUUUUUAAUUGUGUCGAAACAUAUGGUCGAUUAAAGUCGGUUGAUGCUCACCACGAGCGUCGUACUAGUUCUUCUAUUCGCCAGUCUUCAUUUCCGAAAUCAAAAUCAAAAUAUGGACAGAUAGAAAUUUGCCUUGCUCAUGAUGACAAUACAACAAUGCUGAAAAUUGGAGCUACCAUUUGCAACUUAUUUGUAACAUCAAGUGUACGUCUUGACAAACAAACUAUAGCAAACAAGACAAUUGAAAUGGGCCCAAAUGCCAAUAACUUUAUACCGCUACCGGACGCCCGAAUUAAUCUUAACUUAGCUCAGUUAAAAGUGGGACAAAAUUACUGGAAGAUGAUGAGGCCACUUGUAUAA